AUGGCGAAGCAGAGUGAGUAUGGAGAAGAGAGCUACGACCUGCAGGAACUGCGGCCCGAAGUGGAUAAGCUGUUCGGGGAAUUCGACGCCCUGGCCGACAAACCUCUGGAUGAGGGGGAGAGGAAGGUCCUGGCUGAAAUCUCCAAGGUCCUCGAACAGAUCAAGGCCAAGAUCGCACUUCGAGGCGAUGGCAAGGAAGUAAAGGACGACGAUGUCCUUCCCCGGAGCAAGAGGGAGGAGCUGCACAACCUGGUGCACCUCAUCAGGGCUGCAUUGGAGGAACGCGGGGCUGCGUCGUCGGACCACUGCAAGUGGCCGCGUGAGCAGCAGGACGCUGCGGAGAGCUCUGCCGGCGCCGACGACAGCAAGCCGGCGUCGGCGGCGACCUGUUGCAUCCCCUGCAAGCCCCGGGCGUGGAAGCAGCAGCAGCAAAGCAAGAAGCAGCGGCAGGAGCAGGAAGAGAAAGAAGGCGUGUCAUUGACGCUGCUGCUCCGGCUGACCAAGAACGUGCUGGAGCCGGAGCAGUACUACGAGUGGACGACCAGCUACGUGGACGAGGAGAGGAUCUACGGGUGGGACAAGGAGGCCGGCGAGGUGAUCGACGCCCUCGUGGCCCCCGACGGCUCGGAGCGGAUGUUCCGGGCGGCAGGCAUCGCGGGCAUCCACGGCAGCGGCAAGACGGCGCUGGCGCAGAAGGUGUUCGUGCACGACAAGGCCAAGGACAACUUCGCGCUCCGCCUGUGGGUGUGCGUCGGCCCGCCGGACUCGGAGGACCGCUUCAACCUCCUCUACCGGAUGCUCGACAACCUCGGCCUCGACACCGCCAAGGUCGAGGACAUCGUCGACAAAUCCAACGUCGUCACAACAGCCAUCGAGAAGGAGACUGCUGCCGUCGACAAGGAACUGAUCCGCGAGAAGGCGGCCAAGAUGGUGGCCGCAGCCCCCGGGCAGAACCAGGCGGUGGAGACCGCCAAGAAGGAGACGACCGGCGAUGGGCCGAAGAAGGAGGAGGGGAGCGUCGUCUCCGAGGCUGGCAUCUUCAAGGAGCUACCCAAGAAGAAGAUCGACAACAGCCGUACCGUCGAGACAUCCAAAAUCGGAGUGCUGCUCUACAUCCUGAACAUGACGCUGUCCAAGACGUCUUACAUGAUCGUGUUCGACGACAUCCGGGCAUACCGCCGCGACGACGACGACGUGCACACACACGGGUGCUGGUACAGCAACCUGACACUGCAGCCGCCGGCGGAGGGCGAGUGGGGGGACCGCCUCGCCUACGGCCUGCCCAAGGGGGAGCACAGGGGCGCCGUGCUGGUCACCUGCCGCAAGGAGGACGACGCCAAGAUCAUGGCGCGCACGGGCCUCGUGGUCCGCCCGCCCAAGCUGGAAGGGGAAGACGCCUGGAAGCUCUUCAGGAGGGAGUACGACCAGGCCAAGGACGACAAGCGCAAGAAGGAAGGCGGCAAGGUGGAGGAGGACCUGCUCCUGAAGCAGCUGGAGGAGAUGAAGGAGGACAUCGUGAAAAAGUGUCUCGGCCUGCCGGUGGCCAUCAUCGAGGCGGCCAGGGGCUUCGCCGUCCUGGAUCCCUUGCCGGAUUUGCCGGGUGAUACUAGUCCAAUGAAAGAAGCUGCAGCAGAAGCUAAACCUGCAGCAGCAGGUGGCCACAUCGAGAGCAGUAAGGACAUGGAGAAGCAGCUGCCUGAAGCAGCAGCAGCAGGAGCAGAGGCCGCUGAUGGGGAGCCUGAUGAAGAUUAA